CUUCCCGGAAGUUGGCGUCUGAGCUGCUUGUUUUUGUUGCUAGCAGAGGGAUUGUGGUGAAAAAUGGCGACGUCUCGUCGCGCGUCCCAGCAGCACCAGAACCUAUCCUCGCCUCCGCGCAUUGCUUCGAAUUCUCUCACUCCGCCUGGGUCUCCUCCAAGCGCCGGCGUCUCGAACAUCUCACCUCCGGCCGGAGGCGAACAGGACGGGGCUGGAGAUGCGGACCCCGGCGCGGCCUCCUCCCCCGCUCCGCUCCGCAGCGCUAGCAGCACUAGCAGCAGCAGCAGCACCAGCACGAGCAGCGCGAGCUCCCCGAGCACUACUGGAGGCUCGAGCCCGGAUUCAGGCAGCGCGAGCCCGGCCGGCGGCUGCGCGACUAGCGGCGCUUUCCGGGAGCUCUUCGAGGCCUGUCGGAACGGAGACGUGUCUCGGGUGAAACGGCUCGUGGAUUCGGUGAACGUGAACUCUAAAGACAUGGCCGGGCGCAAAUCCACUCCACUCCACUUUGCUGCAGGUUUUGGGAGGAAGGACGUAGUGGAGCAUCUUCUGCAGACGGGGGCGAACGUGCACGCCCGCGACGAUGGUGGUCUGAUCCCCCUCCACAACGCCUGCUCAUUCGGUCACGCCGAGGUUGUGAGCUUGCUGCUGUGCCAGGGAGCCGACCCCAACGCCAGAGACAACUGGAACUACACACCGCUCCAUGAGGCUGCCAUCAAGGGCAAAAUCGACGUGUGUAUAGUUCUGCUCCAGCACGGUGCCGACGCCAACAUCCGCAACACCGACGGCAAAUCGGCGCUGGACCUGGCCGAGCCAUCUGCCAAAGCCGUGCUCACCGGCGAAUACAAGAAGGACGAACUGCUGGAAGCGGCGAGGAGUGGAAAUGAAGAGAAGCUCAUGGCCCUGCUCACCCCGCUCAACGUCAACUGCCACGCCAGCGACGGCCGCAAGUCGACUCCACUACACCUGGCAGCGGGAUACAACAGAGUCCGAAUCGUCCAGCUCCUCCUGCAGCAUGGUGCUGAUGUGCACGCAAAGGACAAGGGUGGCCUCGUCCCUCUUCACAACGCCUGCUCUUACGGCCACUACGAAGUCACGGAGCUGUUGCUUAAGCACGGUGCGUGUGUGAAUGCCAUGGACUUGUGGCAGUUCACCCCCCUGCAUGAGGCGGCGUCUAAAAACCGCGUGGAGGUUUGUUCCCUCCUUCUGAGUCACGGGGCUGAUCCCACGCUGGUCAACUGUCACGGCAAGAGCGCAGUGGACAUGGCCCCCACACCCGAGCUCAAAGAGAGACUCACAUAUGAGUUUAAGGGUCACUCGCUGCUCCAGGCGGCGCGGGAGGCUGACAUGGCCAAAGUGAAGAAGACGCUCGCUCUGGAGAUCAUCAACUUCAAACACCCACAGACCCAUGAGACUGCACUGCAUUGUGCCGUUGCCUCGCCUCACCCGAAGAGGAAGCAGGUCACCGAGCUGCUGCUGCGGAAAGGCGCCAAUGUCAACGAGAAGAACAAAGACUUUAUGACUCCUCUGCAUGUGGCAGCUGAGAGAGCUCACAAUGAUAUCCUGGAGGUGCUGCAGAAACAUGGGGCCAAGUUGAACGCAGUGGACACUCUGGGACAGACGGCUCUGCACCGGGCGGCUCUGGCCGGUCAUCUGCAGACAUGUCGGCUGCUGCUGAGUUACGGCGCAGAUCCAGCCAUCGUCUCGCUGCAGGGCUUCACCGCCGCACAGAUGGGCAACGAGGCCGUGCAGCAAAUCCUCAACGAAAACAUUCCAGUGAGGAACUCUGAUGUAGACUACAGGCUUUUAGAGGCAGCUAAAGCAGGAGACCUGGACACUGUGAAGCAACUGUGCUCUGCUCAGAAUGUGAACUGCAGGGAUCUGGAGGGACGUCACUCGACGCCGCUGCACUUUGCGGCAGGCUACAACCGCGUGGCUGUGGUGGAGUACCUGCUGCAUCACGGCGCAGACGUCCACGCCAAAGACAAAGGAGGUCUGGUGCCACUGCACAAUGCUUGCUCUUACGGGCAUUACGAAGUAGCCGAGCUGCUGGUGAGACACGGUGCAUCGGUGAACGUGGCUGACCUGUGGAAGUUUACACCGCUGCAUGAAGCUGCUGCCAAGGGCAAAUACGAGAUCUGCAAACUGCUUCUGAAGCACGGCGCUGACCCAACAAAGAAAAACCGUGAUGGAAACACGCCCCUAGACAUGGUGAAGGAAGGGGACACAGAUAUCCAGGACCUGCUGAGAGGAGACGCUGCUCUGCUGGAUGCCGCAAAGAAAGGCUGUUUGGCUCGCGUGCAGAAACUCUGCAGCCCCGAGAACAUCAACUGCAGAGACACGCAGGGGCGCAACUCUACCCCACUACACCUAGCAGCGGGAUAUAAUAACCUGGAGGUAGCGGAGUAUCUUCUGGAGCACGGCGCAGACGUGAACGCGCAGGACAAAGGCGGCCUCAUUCCCCUCCACAACGCGGCCUCAUACGGACAUGUGGAUAUUGCGGCUCUGCUGAUCAAGUACAACACGUGUGUGAAUGCCACGGAUAAGUGGGCUUUCACUCCUCUCCAUGAGGCUGCGCAAAAAGGACGCACCCAGCUGUGCGCCCUGCUGCUGGCACACGGAGCCGACCCCACCAUGAAAAACCAGGAGGGCCAGACGCCACUCGACCUCGCCACGGCUGAUGAUAUCCGGGCUCUGCUGAUUGAUGCCAUGCCUCCUGACGCCCUGCCCAGCUGCUUUAAGCCUCAGGCCACUGUGGUGAGCGCUGCAGUGAUCUCGCCUGCUUCCACGCCGUCCUGCCUGUCAGCCGCCAGCAGCAUCGAUAACCUGGCUGGCCCAUUGGCUGAGCUCUCCACAACUGGCGCAUCAGGGCCGGCAGACGGAGCCACAGGGACUGACCGGAAGGAGGGAGAGAGUGAGUUUACCAUUCUGGACAUGAACAUCAGCCAGUUCCUGAAGAGUUUGGGCCUCGAGCAUCUGCGGGACAUUUUCGAGAGGGAGCAGAUCACUCUGGACGUCUUGGCUGAUAUGGGCCAUGAGGAGCUGAAGGAGAUCGGCAUCAAUGCGUACGGUCACCGCCACAAGCUUAUCAAAGGCAUCGAGAGACUGCUGGGCGGUCAGCAAGGUGGCAACCCAUACCUGACAUUCCACUGUGUGAGUCAGGGCACAGUCCUGAUCGACCUGGCACCUGACGAUAAAGAGUUUCAGUCUGUAGAAGAGGAGCUGCAGAGCACAAUCAGAGAGCACAGAGAUGGGGGAAAUGCUGGCGGAGUCUUCAGCCGGUACAACAUCCUGAAGAUCCAGAAGGUGGUGAAUAAAAAGCUGAGAGAGAGAUAUGCACACAGACAGAAAGAGAUCGCCGACGAAAACCACAACCACCACAACGAGCGCAUGCUCUUCCAUGGCUCUCCCUUCAUUAACGCCAUCAUCCACAAAGGUUUUGACGAGAGACACGCCUACAUUGGGGGAAUGUUUGGAGCGGGGAUCUAUUUUGCAGAAAAUUCAUCCAAGAGCAACCAAUAUGUGUACGGCAUCGGCGGCGGCACUGGCUGCCCCACACACAAAGACCGCUCCUGCUAUGUCUGCCACAGGCAGAUGCUGUUCUGUCGUGUCACCCUGGGCAAAUCCUUCCUGCAGUUCAGUGCCAUGAAAAUGGCCCACGCUCCUCCGGGGCACCACUCCGUCAUCGGGCGGCCCAGCGUCAACGGCCUGGCCUACGCUGAGUACGUCAUCUACAGAGGCGAGCAGGCGUACCCGGAGUAUCUCAUCACAUACCAGAUCGUGAAGCCGGAGAGCACGGCGCAGCCGCCAGCAGCAGCAGAGCAGAAGUCUUGAGUGUCCAGAGCUCGUCUCCUGCACACUGCUCGGACUGUUACACACUCCUUCAUACACAUGCUGGCCUCCAGCUCAUCCUCAUCUUUCUCCAGCCCUCCCACCUGACCUCCCUGUCUCUCCUCUCACACAGCUCACACCCGCAGCGUUGGUGUUUUUAAGCAACCCUCCUCCUCCUCCAUAUGUUUACCUGGGUCAGAGGUCACAGGUCAGAGGGUGUAGGGCUGAAGUGAUCAAAGACAAGUGACCUCAUUGCCGUAGCUUUUUCUCACUUAAUAAUCGUUCAAACCAGUAAACGGUUUCUCUUCCCCUUUUUCCAGUGUACUUUCUUUCGACCAUUUUAUUAUGAGUUAUUUUAAAUCUAACACACUACAAGACGGACCACAUCACCCUUAACGCUCUAUGGACCUGCCAUGGUUACACCCCCCCCCCCAUAAUAAUGUUCCAUGGAGCCUCUAGUCUCUGACUCUUUCUUGUUUUUUUGUUUUGUUUUUUUUUAAUGCAUUGUUGCGAAAGCCUUUUGGAAGUUGGACAUGUGUGGAAACCCAGUUCAUCAGUUUGAGCCUUUCAUAGCAAAAUGUUUAACACUUGGGAUUUUUGUUUGUUUUUGUUUCCGCGCAGGGAAAAGUCAGGCAUAUCGCCUCCGUUAGCAUAUCCGGAUGAUAAAAACACGUUCUUUUAAAAGACUCGCACUUUUAGGCAGGGUUUAACUUAUUCUAACGAAACCGCGAAAUGGCAUUUUACAAAAACAAACGCGUCCUGUAAUGAUUGUGAUGGAUGAGCGCUUUGGUAAAAGCUCUCCUCUCUGUGCAGUUUUCUAAUGAAGAGUGGCUUCAUUAGUGAAGCUUUUUUUCUUCUUCUUCUUUCCGGUUCUCUGAUGGUUUUGUCUGCUUUCAGUAACAUUUUUUCCUUUCUUUGGUUUUUGGAUGAUGACCGCGUGACCUGUAUUUUCAGUCUCAUUCCAGUAUAAUCUCUCGCAGAGAUUUAUCUCCUCUGAGACACUACUGACAUUUCAGCAUCACUGAUGCACACUCACAGGUUGUGUAAAACAGUUUGGAUGUGAACAUGCCCCGGGAGAGUUCUGUUUGGCUGGAGGUUGGUUUUUUUGUUUGUUUUUUUUUUAAAUCACUAAGUGGGGUGUAUGGUAUUCCACUUCUCCACCAACACAGUACUGGUGCUGUAUAGGGAAUCAGCUUCUUUUUUUUUUUUAAUAACCGGCCCACGUUUUUCACCAUUUAAAGAUGUGAACUAUUAUGAAACAUGACCACGUGUAGGCGUUUCCUAAUGGGGAAAAAAAAAAUAACAGUGUAGGAUGGUUUGAGAACAUAUUUUACCAUUCAAGGUCAAAUCUUUCAGCAUCUAUACACAGUCCAGAUAUUAUCCUCGACAAUAAUUACUUGCAAGAUGGAUGCACGUUUUUGUUUCAUUUAGCAAAAUUACUCGAAUGAAGUCUUACGUUUUUCAGGCAAGAGCGCAAUUUCUUUCCGAGACCUGUGAUUCAAUGCUUGCGAUUUUAAAUUUUGAUUUAAUUAUUUAAAAACAACACUCUUCAUGUCUGUUCACGUCUUUAUUUAAAUAAGUUGGUGUUGUCAUGGCAACAAGCAAUCUGACAUCACUGGUUCUUGUUACAAGCCCAGCAGCAUUUUAGCACUGGGACAAAACAGAGCCAUGUAUGGAAUCGUACAGAACAUGGUGGUUUUUUUUUUUUUUUUUAAUGAUUAUUAUUUGACACCAGCACCAUGUUGGUGGAAAAGGGCACAAAUGUGUGUGUGUGUUUUUUUUUUGUUUUUUUUUGUUAUUGUUUUUUUUCCACCUCUCAGCCUGAACCACUUCACAUGUUUCACUCGUAUCUAAUUAUUCCCCGGUGUUUUUUUAUUUAAUUCUACAUUAAUCGGAAUGUGAUGAGCUAUUUUACCGCAAACAGUCUAAUUGAACAGUCCUCACUCGUGUAAGCCAGUCUUAAUAAAGUACAUAUGUCCUGUA